AUGUGGGUCAAACAUUCUGAAAGUUGGUUUCCGGACACCCCGGCAACUUCCAAAACCAGUAAAACCCGGAAUCUAUUUUGCCAUCUUACUGAUCGGACGACUGCGGCGGCCGUUUGUCUUUUGGUAUACGAAACCCUCUUGUCAUUCGACAGAGACGUCGAGUUGAUCUGGUCAGCUCCAUGGAACACUAUCAAGAUCCUAUUUCUCUUAUCGAGGUACAUGCCGUUUAUAGAUGCAGGAGUGGUUUUAUACUAUAUAUUGUUGGACGGAUCGUCUCAUGAAAAAUGGCUGACGGUGUUCAAGCUUAGUGGGACCUUGCGUCCUUUACUCCGUCAGACUGACAAUCCGACUCAAGUCCUAUUGACGAUAAGAACAUGGGCGGUAUGGGGCAAGGAUAAGAGACUCACUAUCGCCCUUCCGAUCCUUUACGUUGUGUGUAUGGCGGGUGUGCUCACGUCGUUGAGGCUCUUCCUUCCUACAGUCGGUUUCAUCCCGCCUCCACGCGAUGCUGGUGCCCAGUCGGCGGGGUGCUUUAAUACCGGGGCAAGCCCUGUUUUGUUUGCUGCGUGGGUUUUUUUAAUGAGUUAUGAUGCCGUUAAAACUACUCGUCUUGGACAUCGCAGACUGGCGAAUGCUGUGUUUCUUAACGGAACCUUUUACUACCUCUACCUCUUUGCUAUGUCCGCCAUCAACGUUGUGCUGAUAUAUCCAUACGGCUACCACAAUCUGCUUUCGACGCGCGUUCUUGACGACUCGCGUCUUUUGACAAACGUCCUCUCCCACGAAAAAGAGUAUGCAAAACAGUUACAGGCACUGUUAGCAUCGUCCCAGGCAUCUCUGGCUUCAUUCACUGCCUAUGCUGCUGCGUCUCCGCCACCGACGUCUCAGACCAUCCUCAAGGUCGCAGGCAUCCUCUCUGCCACUGACAGUGCCCUCGCUGCUUAUGCAGCUGCAGUCGAUCAGUGGAGGGAGGCUAUGCGCGCCCUGCAGGCUUUAGAAGACGAGGUUGGUAAUAUUGUGCGCGAUAGAGAAAUUCUCGUCACCCGUCUUAUAAAGGUUUCGAAAUCACAAAAAUCUAUAGGUCUAACCGGCCAGCGGUUCGCCUCAUCUUCCUCCCUAGGCUCGGUAGACACCCCAUCCCCAUCGCCACAGCGCACUCGCACCAUCGCGACAUCUACCAAAAUAGCUGCUGCCCAAUCAGAAUUGCAGGCAUGCGAAACGCAUUUGGCAACCAAGGAGAACGAGCUCGCAGUGCGCAGGACCGUCGCCGUGCGUGACGGUCUGAAUGUUCGGUGUCAGGCCUUGGUCCAGUGUGGCUGGGCAUGGACUGAGCUGGGGAAAGAGGCCAUUGGCGUUCUAGAGUCUCCCGAAUUGACGGAAGACGUUCAUGGCGCCCAUCGACCACGACUCUUACACGAGUCCUUCCCGCAUCACGACCACAACAAGCCGCUUCCUCCGCACCAAGAUGAUCACUCUUCCCUGGGGCCCUCCCGGUCCGCGUCGCAGAUCCAUCUUCCGAACGGUAUGCACGCUGAGGAGGGCUCUACUACGAGUCUCUCGCACUACUCCCAGUCUACGGACACACAUAGGAUCCAAAUUCCUGCAGCCCAUGCCAUAGACAGCGAAUUGGUUAUGCCUAUGCCUGUUAUGGAUUAUUCCAGGGGACAUAAGCGAGAUUCAUCAGCGUCGUCCACCCCUCGAAUGCUAUCCCCAUUAUCUCAACGCGACUCAUGGAUGUCGGGAUCUAGCGAAUGGAGAUUCGUGACUCCCCUUCAGUCAUUUAGCGAGCUCCCGCUGCCUCAGACACCGACACCCAUGGAGGAACAACCGCCCCAGAGGCCAUUCCAAGUCUCUACAUCCCAGAGACAGUCCUUUGUCGAGAGUAACCACCGAAUGUCUAGGAGCGAGACACAGCUCUUCCUGCAGGGCCAACCUACCCAACAAGAAGUUCAGAUACAUCGGCGGUCAACGUCAGUUGAUAGGCAGACUUCUCCUGCUCCUCGUGUAAGGCCCCUGUCCCAGUCGUGGGUUGAUGUCAGUGUUCCCGGGCCGAGUUCCGCUCCGGUGAUUACUCAGGAAAAGUCGACUUCGUCGAUUUUUACGGGUGGUCCGACGUUGUUCGCGAGUGCGGAGGGGGCACAUAAUACUGUUUGGGAGAACGUGGCUGCGAAUGCUGCCGCUUCCCAACCUUUGAGGAACGAACGUCCAACUUCUGGAUCUCGAAGGAGCCCAUCACCACCAGCUGGAAGAGUAUCUCCAACUAAACGAGGUGCCUCUUUGUUCACUGGUGGACCGGCAUUGUACACUGCUACUGCGCCUGCGCCUAUUUCUGCCGAAGCUGCUGCUGCAUUCGAACCUUCCUCUUCUACUCAACCCCAUAAAUCUACAUUAUUCACGGGUGGUCCGACGUUGUACGCUGCUGCUCCUCCAUCAUUGGACACCUCAAAUUAUGCAUCCACGUCUACUUCUACUGAUUACCCCUCAUCUUCAAAUUACGCCAUCGCCUCAACAUCCACAGUCCCUCCCAGUUCAUACACAACACCCACCACACACGUCCUCUCCCGACGAAUCACAGAAGAAGAGCUUCGAAGCGAGAGCGAAUCUGGGACGGAGGGAGGGAGUUCUGUGGAUGGAGGAGAGAAGGAGGAAGAUGUGGAUGAGAUGAUUAGGGAGGGACGGUUGGGUGUUGUUGAAAAUCCUAGGUUUGGCUCUUCGCUUCCUCCUCCUGUUAAUGUGCCUCUUGCUGUGACGAGUCUGGGUCAAGCGAGUGAAGGCCAAGCUGGAGGAGCACCCCAAAUUCAAACUCAAGAGCCUCCUCCUCGAGCCAGUGUAGACGAGGCACGCACUUCUCCGAAUAAAGUAGCUGCUGGAGGCGUGUUUGGGAGACGUUUCUCUGGUUUUAGGAAUGGCCAGAAACGGGGGAGAGCGGCUUCGGAUGCUGGGAGCCAAACACAUCCGAGAAGCGAGAGUGUUGCUGUUGGGCCUCAGACGACUGAGCCCUCCCACGAAACCAAUGGGGUUCCAGUUCCAGUUUCAGUAAAUGAACCUGCAGCUCAGGAACAACAAGCAAACGAAAGUACACCGGCGUCUGUGAAGUCUUCGGCUCCUUCAUCGCCUUCAAAGAGCAAGUUUAUGGGGAGUUUGAGGUUGUUGUUUAGUGUUAAACCUCCUGUCGGGAAUGGGCAUCCUCCUGCACAACGGUCUCAGGCGCAGGAACAACCACAACAGGAACAGACGCCUGCUCAGCCCCAGGAAUUUGCGUCUAGUCAGCCCCAGUCUGCUCUAGGUCAAUCUCAGCCGCAGUCGUCUGCGCCUCAGUUAUCUGCACGUACUCAAGCUCAAUCACAAACAGCUGUAUCGAGCCAGCCUCAGCCACAGACAGUUGCAUCUAGCCAACCUCAGCCACAGACAGCUGCACCUACUCAACCUCGACCCCAGGCGCAGGUGCUCCAACCUCGUCAGCGUGCACCAGAGGGCGAAGACGUGGAAAGUGUUGCGUCCAGUGACGAUGGUCAUUUCCCUGCACCGUCCCGUCUGGUGGCUCACGACAAUCCGAAUUUAGCUGGACGAUCGAAGCCAAGGAGGGUGGAUACAGAGAGGACGACCAAUACGCUCCAUAAAUCAAACACCAAAACUAGCCCAAGCAAACCCUCCGUUCUAAGUGGCUUUUUUGGUUCGCGUAGAGCUGAAUCAGUCAAAGAUUCAUCACCGGCUAAAGUGGAAACACGAACACGAACGGAUAAGAAUGUCAAGCCGGGAUUGGGUCGUGAUGAGACGUGGUUGGUCGAUUCUAGUGAUGAUGAGGUUGGAGGACAGAGGGCUACGAUUUAUCAAGGGCAGAUGCCGAGGUCUCAUCUUGAGCCUGUUGAUCUGAGAGAGGUGGGGCAAUCGUUGGAGGCGAGGUAUAGAGGGGACCCAGGUGUUGGUGAAUCUGGGUUUGGAGCAGCUGGUGGCCCUACUCCUCUUGUCCCCACGCAAUUCCAGGAGCAAGAGUUGCUGCCACAGCAGCAGCAGCCAAAGAGGGUGGUGAAGAGGAGGGGGUCGACGGCUACUGAGACUACGAUUGGGACGCAGAGGGAGAGUGAUGCGGUUUCUUCCGGUACGGGGAGGCAGGGAGGGAGGAAGUUGAAAAAGUCGAGGACUGUUACUGAAGGUGGUGAUGGUCAUGCAAAGGGAAGAUCUGAGGCUGCUUUGGUCGGGAGCAAGAAGGUGAAGAAUGGACGGAGGAGUUCGAGCACACCCCCUGGCAAUGGUAAUGGUGUGGCUCCAGUGGGUGGUGGUGCUUUGCAGCCUCUUCCUGCUGUGCCUGUAGCUACGCCGGCGCUGCCAAAACCGAAGGAGAAGGGCGUGGUGAAAGGGGAUGAGCAUGAGGGUGGAGAUGCUGGACUUGUGAGGAGGAGGUCUACCAUUAAGAAAACGACGAAACCAAGUGUGGCGACUACGGCUGCAGGUGGUGGUGGUGGGUCUUCGACUCAUCCUGCAGCACAUGCCGAGUCUUCCAAUCCAACGGGUGGGAAUUCUUCGUCCCAUCAUAUUAGGAGUUCGUCUCAUAUUUCUGCAGGGUCUGGGCUUUCAAAUCCUCCAGCUGGUACAGCACAUCCUGCAGCUGGUAAUACACAUCCUGCAGCGGGUAAUGCCCAUCCUGCAGCUGCUGGAAGUUCUGGGCCUUCCUCUCAUGCUUCUUCUGGUCCAAGGAUCUCCCAUUCUGGUCCUCACUCCCGUGUGAGUGCUGGGCCUCCUCAUCCCCCACUAAAUGUUGCUGCUGCCGGACUAUCUCACCCUGCACAUUCUUAUCCUCUGGCUUCUAUGUCUAGUCAUCCUGGGACAAGCGCUGCGUCCCAUCACCCUGGUACGAGCGCUGCUGCGCCUUCCCAUCAUCCUGCGAGACCUGCACCUCAUCAUGCAGUAACUGUUAGCGCACAACAUCGUCCUCCACCGAUUGUCACUCCGUCUCAUCCUGCGACCAGUGCUCCUGCUCUUCAUGCCGCUACUACCUCUCAUCCCUCCACAAGUGCUCUUCCUCGUCCUGCGGUGAGCGCGGCUCCUUCUCAUCAGCCUCUAAGUAGUACACCAUCUCCACACCAUGCUGCCACCAGCACUGCACCUCCCACAACUAGUGCUCCACCUUCACGGCCUACAUCCGUCCGGGCCCACAGCUCGUCGACAACUGUGCACGUCCUUCCUGCAGGAGGUGAGCAUCCCAGUGGUACGCUCAGCUCUGGUGGCUGGGGAGGCCCUAGAGGUGGGCUUUCGAGGCAAUCAUCUGUGCUCAGUGCGUCUAGCGCGCCUAUUGGCGUGGAAAAGGGAAAAGCACAGGCCACACUUGGCCAAGGCAUGGGUGUAGGGAGAAGGGCCUCAGUUGGUGGCGUGCCAAAAGAAGGCUCGACGCCUCCAGAGGGCCAGAAACCAAAACACAAGCGAUCGUUGAGCAUGGAUCUUGGACCUGCAACUGCUCCUACUUUUGUGCCCAUUGAAAAAGAGAAGACGAGUCCUGUUGUCAAGAAAACUCCUAAAGCAGAGAAGAAGCCCAGUGCUCCGCCUCGUGGUCUAUCCCAUAUGCAAUCACACACGCACUUCCCACCAGCUGGGACCACUUCGACUUCACAGAGUUUGAUGAGCAUUGUGGAGGGUGUGGCAAGAGGCAACCGACAGUCUUGGGACACUGGGGAGGAGAGUGUGAGGGCGCUGAAGUAUACAGGGGGUAUGGAGCGACCUAUAGGGACAAUGCAGGUUGAGGUGGUCAGAGCACCUCCCAGGAUGGGAAGGGAGGCGUUGUUGGCAGAGCUUACCCCUAACGCAAAAGCUGGUGUCGGUGCAGGAUCUGGUGCUCGCGCGAGAGGUGAAGGAAUGCCAGAGGUCCCUCGUGCACCCCCUCCUGUGACGGUCACCAAACCAGGCUCGUUAUCGAUGUCAAAUCCGGAACAACUGUCAAGGGAACGUCCAAAAGCCGCUUCUGCUGCACCUACCAGACGCACAGACACUAACGUUGCAAACCGGCCCACAAAAUCCCCUCUCAGAAGUGCUUUGAAGAGUCCAAGCAGGGAUCCUUCACCUCACGCUCCUCGAGAUCCUCCAAUCGCUAUUUCCGUACAAAAACCUCAGACCAUGCCUCCUCCGGCUGCCUCCUCUGUUCCAAUCCCCCCUUCCGCAUCAGCAUCGUCUCCUGCUGCUCAAGGAACAGAGACGUUGGCCCCUUCAUUGAGCUAUACGCAGGCGAGUGGCUAUGGGAGAGGUCAAGGGCACCAGAAGAGGAAGGAAGAGGAGAGCGAUGGCGUAUCGAUCUCGUCGUAUGAGACUGGACAUGAGGUCUUUGUUCCCGAUGCGCGCGAGGUAACUCAACCCCAGUCGACGCCAAAUGGUAGCACGAACCCUCAGGUUGGUUCUUCAGAAGUGUCCUCGUCCGCUUCGGGCGCCGCCCAGCAGCAACCUCCACAGCCAACGACUGAAUCGGAAUCGACGCCUGGACAGGCUGGUGCUCCUCCACGUAGGAGGAAGAGUGUGCGCGUAUCGCUUCAACCGACGUUCUCGCCCACCCCACCCGCGAUCGACUAUGACGAUGACGAGGAUGAGGAUCAGAAGCAUGCACCGUGGAAGCCGGAAGGGAACCAGGCCAGCACCAGCCAGCUGCCCGUACAACCUUCACAGUCCCAAAGCGAGCCUAAGCCACCGAUUGACAUUCAUAAAGACAUGUGGGCAGAUUCGGACGACGAAAACGACGAGUACAAAAAUGCGAAGUUACUGCUUGCUCUUUACGCCCCAGUAUCUACCAACAAUAUUUUCGUUCUUCUGAGCAUUGUUUGA